GAUUCCAAGCCGCCGGACUGACGCUUUCCCCGGCCUAUGGCAGCGGUUUUUCCGGCUGUUUAAUCCCUGUGGAGGGAGGAGCUAACUUUGCGAGGGGGAGCGUUACAUUUCCGCAUGUCAACAAAACUAGCUUCUGAAGUCAAGAGGAAGAAGUGGAUAGUUCAUUUGGAAAUGUACCCAGGCGCUCGGCCGCUUUCACUUCGACGCGCGGCCAAAGUAGACACGUCGAGACUUUCGGUCACAUGAUGCCGAGCCCCGAGCAGACACCAGCUGCAAGGUGCUGCCUCUUCUCAGCGGGACGCAUUGCGGAGUAUUUUUCAAAUAAAGGGAUUUCGUGCUGAAACCCAAGGGGCACACUGACUCGUACACAUGCUUAAGUUAAGGCAAAAGUUUGACUUACACAGUGAUGUCGUGUCCGAUAUCCUCAGGAAGGAGGCGUCUGUCUGCAGGGUUAAAGAAUACUCUGGCACGGUGGACACUCGUAUCCUGAACAUUGAGAGCGAUGGGGGCAUCCUUUACUCCUGGAAGGGAGCAACAGGGACCACCAGGAUUGGGAAAUACAACUCAACCACCAAACAGAACAAGCUCCUGUACUCGUUUGACAAGCAGGUGUGUGUCAGCAGCUGUUCCCUGAACAUGGAGGAGACAUUGUUGGCUGUCAGCUUGGCACGAAAUACCAGAGGAGAAGAGCGCCUCAGACCAAUAUCCAAGUGUCUAACUCUCCUGAUUGAGAUCCAUCCCAUCAACAACACUAAAGUCCUCAAGGCAGUUGACUGCAGAGUCAGAGUGCAGUUCCUCCACCAAGAAACUGACAGGAGGUCAGUUCUGGAGAGCCACCUGCUCCUGCUGACAGAGGACGGAUAUGUGGAUCUGUACCAUAUUCUGCUGACCAAACAGGAGGGCUAUCGAGUGGUGAUGGCGAAUCCUGAGCGUUUGGCCAAAACUGCAGAGAGAAUAGUGGAGGAUUUAAGUUGGGUCCAGUGGGACGGGCACACACAACGACUCUACUAUCUCACACACAAGGACAAGUUCCUGCUGCGAUGUCUUCAGUUUUACCCCAACCAUAACUGUGAAACUGUGAUGGAGCUCCCAUUAGAGCUGCCUGCUAAUCCUUUCCGCACGGUCAAGUUUGUAAACCUGGGCUACGACCACUAUCACAUGGAGAGACCAGAACUGGAGCUUGUUAGGAUGGAAGUGUUCACAAACAGAAUAGGCAGUAUGUGUGUUUGCUACAGCCAACCUCUUAAAGACAAACAGGAGCUGAUAUACACUGUGCUUUUAGUUCACAAAGACUGCAGCAAGACGUUCAGAGUAUCUCUGGGCAGCGACCAGUCGCAGCAGAAACCCACACAGCUCCAUCCACUCUUCAUCCCCAUGGGUUACUACAUCCUGGUAUAUCUGCAGGAUUAUUUCCUCCACUGUAUCAACACCAGGCAGCAGGAGAUGCUCUGUCACUCCCUUUUCCUCUCUGGUCAUGAUGUGGAACUGGGCCUGCAGUGCCAGUCAGCUAACAUCACGGUGUUGCAUGCAGAGGAAGAGUCUUGUGGUAGUCUGCUGGACCUGGACAGUGGGACGAUCCACACAGCUGAUCUUAGCCCUGCCUACUUGCUGCAGAUACUGCGAUCAGACACAUCUUCUAGGUGUCCCAGCAGUAAGGCUGACCCUCAGCACCUGGCCGCCCUCCACUGCCUGCUAGUUUACAUGGGAAAUGACCCAAAUCUGGAGCUGAAGAUUAUUGAAUGGUUGUGUGACAACGUGACCGCCUUCGAAACCUUUGAUCAGAUCCAGGAGUUCAUUCUAGCCUCUUUGUACAGAAUAAGCUAUGAGAAGUCUCUCAGCCUGGAUAAAGUCCUGCCUUACUCUUCUGUAUUCGACAAGAAGGGGGUACCAGUGUGUCUGUUGGCGAUCCCUGGUGUGUUGUGUACCACUGAGCAGCAUAUUGAGCCUGUGUUAAAAGGGAAGGGUUUCUGGACAGAGUUACAGUGGAACACAGAGAGGACAAAAUAUCUGGAUACUGUUCCCAACCCCAGAUACAGAACCUCACACAUACAGGCCGACUGGGAUAAACUGAGGUCUGAGAGGAGACCAUCAAGCCACAUGAAUCACCUGGAGGAAAACACGAAGAAAGUUCUAUCAAUGGUGGAUACCUGGUGUCUUGAUAAGAAGCUGGUGCCACUUUUCCAGGAGGAGGACCAUCAACAGAGGGUGCUCAUAGGCCUGACGGUUGACAAGCUUCGAGAGCAUCUCAACAGACACCUACCACGACUGGGGAAGAAGAAGAUUGACUCACUGGUUGUCUGCUAUGUAGCCAAACUGCUGGAGCUCAUCAGACACAUGCUGGAGUCAGUCUGGCUGAAAUACAAACUUGGCCCUCAUGUUUUGUGCUUGACACAGCAGGGCAGUCCAGCCGAAUGGUCCGUGUGUCACUUCAUGUUUCGGAUCCUGGAAGCCACAAGGGGUCUCUUCCUGCCGCUCCCACCUGGCUAUCACACCCUUUUAGCAGUGUUUGCUGUGCGUUGCCUCCCUCACCAGACCUUCCUACAGUACAUUGAUCACGGUUUCCUGCAGCUCACUGAAACCUUUCUGUCUCGGCUCAUGACAGAUUUGGACAACAAUGACGCCAACGAAAGACUCAAGUUCAGCAUACUUAAGAGACUCCCUCAGCCUAUGGAGCAGAGGAUCUACCAUAUGUGGGAUCAUCCUGUCAGUUCAGCCUCAAUCUCCAGAGAUUAUGUCCGGACUCUGAUGGAGAAACAAAACAAAAACAAGGGAUUUGCAUCCACUGGCAGAGACAAGACCGGCUUCAGACCUGAGUUUCUGCCUCUUACCUACCUGGCAAAAACACUCUCUGAUAUAGAGGAACAAGCUCUGAACCCGUUCGAGGAGCAGGAGAACGUGGAUGCCAAGUUUGUGGAGGAGACGGCUCUGAAACAGACGCUAAUACUGCUGGGCUUCGAGGAAAAAUGAAGAAUGUGGACGAGGGUGGAGCGGCGGAGCGGGCCGGCGGAUGGAUGGAUUGAGGGAGAAACAGAUGAGGGGGAAAAAUGCGUUUGAGAGCACAGUCAUCAUUGGCUGGGCCUUGAGGAUGGAUGGAUGGAUGAUAGAGGGCCAGAGGUGAAAGAUGAAUGGAAAGAUUGAAAGGCAGAGCGCUCAUAAACAAGCUCUCACUGGCUGAUGACAAAUUAGGGUGUAGGGUCUGGGCGGAGGGAUAGAUGGAUGGAAACGGCCUAGAAAGGAAAGAUGGAGGGGAGAACAGGAGCCAGAGCGCAUGAAAAAAGAAAAUAUAAUAACCUGUCUUUUUUUUUAGUAAAUCCUGAGAUGCAGGAGGGACAUUGUGAACAACAGCAAAAUUUAUAACAAUAGAUGUGCUUUUCAAAUAUUUAUUGAAAAUCAACAACUGCAGGCAGCUAUUUAUAUUAAGUCCAUUUUUGUAGCAGCAUCAAUUCUCUCCAGUACCUCAACUUCUCCACUUUUUGUCUUGCAAUUUAUGAACACCAGUGUCAAAACCUGCAAACAGUAUUUAUAAAUCAAACCCGCUUGUGUAUCCUUCCUGUAACGCCAUGGCACCCCAUCAACUUGAUUACAUGCUGACAAACGCUGUGCAGACAGGGUAGCUGGAUGUGGUCAGUCAGUGGCCGCUACGAUUUCAACACUGAGUUACACGGAAUCUUUGCGGUAGAAAGGUGGCUCAGGUAUAACUCAGUGAGACUGACAAGCCCCUGUUUGUUUAGAUGUCGUAAACCGAACGUAGAAAUUAACAUGGACGAUUCUUACUUCGUGCCGAAUCGAAAUGGGGAGAUUAUGUGAGCAGUGGGAGAUGAGCGAGAAGGAUUUUUCAAGAUUUGAGACAGCUAUGAUGUGGAUUACACAAAAGUGGCUAAAAGUUAAAGUCAUAAAGAUGUCUGAAAUAUUCAGGAUUCACAAUUUAUUGCUGGCUCUAUUAUUUUGUACUGUACCAAAAUAUGAUACCUGUGUUUCAGUACAGUACAAAAUAAUACCUUACACUGAGAAAUACAAAUGUCUUUUUUCUACAAAAUCCUCAGCCAAAGUUCUCAAACUUUAAACAUCGCAAGCGAGAACUUUGGCUAAAUGAAAUGCUCUAAAACUCGACGGAAAUUUGAUGUAAAGCGAGACGCUUUAACUGUUAGAAGAUAAAAUAACACAUUCUCACUCAUACGAAUGAAAGGUUGAAUUCAUAAGCAAUAAAACACACCCUUGCUUAAUUCGAUACACUCAGUAGUUUUGCUGCUAAAGCAAAAGUCCAGUCAUUACUCUUCUCUAUUCUGGCUGGCGCUACGCUAUGUUUUAGCUUUUACCAUUAUCUCUCAGUUGUCAAUAAAAAUUGGUGUUUAAUACUCUGUGCUACAUUCGCCCUCAUGUAUUGAUACCCCGCCCUACUUAAUAAUUAAUACAUUAUACAUAAUACAUGAGGGGAAAACAGCAGCCCUCAAUUACUUCACCAUAACUUCGUUUAUAUAGCAACUUGCAAAGUCAAGUCCGAAAAAGCUUUACAAAAACCACAAAAUCAACCAACAUGAUACUGGGUUAAUAAGGCGUCUGGUUCGAAUAACGUGACCACAUUCCCUCAAUCAUGACUGAGCUCUUACUGUAAGUAGCGAAAUUCUUUGGUGUUCAUAAUCCUUUUUUAUAGUCUCUGGGUAGUAUUGGCACUCUGCGGACCCAUCCGAUACUCAAUACCAGAGAUUAUUUACAUCUCGUGUCGUGCUUUGAUUUGAGAAAAUUACAAAACCUUCCUCUGGGGGGAAAAAAACGUUUCCACUCACGUUUCUUAUGUUUACACAAAAAAGUUUUGUAAGAUGAAAUGU